UCGCGCGGCCGUUAAAAUACUUUCUCUUUCAAGCGUCAGUACAAUUUCGACCUCCACUCAGUGCUGGACUCGAAAUUUUUACUCUUGGAGGUUAGAUUCACAAAAAGUUUGUUUCAAAAUGUCGAUAAUUAAUUACGACGACUUAUCCAUCCAGGAAAGGAGUUAUUUUAUGAUGAAAACUGAAAAAGACGUGAACCAGAGACGCCGGACUUUUUGCGACUUAUGUUACUUUGACUUUGAAAUUUAUAUAAGACCACUAAGAAUCCCUGCUGAUAGGAGAGUUUGUAUAGAGUUAAUGAACUGUAAAGAGCUAUUUCCCAGUGUCAAAGAUAAAAAAUAUUUCUUAAGAUAUGCUUUACACAAACACAGUUUGGAAAUGAUAAAACUGCUCGAGGAGGGAAACUUAAAAAUACACGAGAUUAAAUUCAAAGAUGGACAUUCUGCUCUGCAUUAUUUGACUGAGGGAUUGUACGGGAAAGAUGAGACGUAUCGUUGCUCUAAAGCUUCAAAAGUGGAAACUCUAAAGAUCUUGAAGUAUUUUUUGGAGAGUCCAAAAAAAAACUAUCAAGACGAUCUCGGCUAUACAUAUUUACACGGAGCUUGUAUGUCUGGCAAUGUGAGUGCAGUGAAUUUACUUUUGAGCCAAGGCGUGGACGUCAAUCUCGAUACAUACACGUAUUCGCCACUUCAUUUAGCAGCCCAGUACAGACACGCUGACGUUGUUGAAAUUUUAUUGACACACGGGGCCAAUCCAAAUCAGCGAGACGCAGAGGAAUCCACGCCUCUUCACGCCCUGGCUCGGCUGUGUCUAUGCCAAUGCACAGACCGCCAUAAAUUUUGCGAUAAGAGAAAACCAGUUGAUGAACUCGUCAAAAUGCUCAUUGAUAACGGAGCAGAUAUCGAAGCUCGUAAUUGUCAAGGAUACACUCCACUAGGUCUGUCGGUUUCUCGACUUGACCUUGAGCUCACGAGGACAUUUUUGAAGUAUGGAGCGAAGAUCGACAAUUUAAACGAGAAUAAAAUUUUCAACAUGACAUUCACACCACUGGAAUUGAAAAAUUAUCCACUAACUCUCAACAUAAUUGAGAUGGCUCAUUUGUUGAAGUCGGCUGGAUACAAUUUAAGUUUACACGCAAGACUCAGAAUGAUAAAAUAUUGGAUGAAAAUUCGAGGAAAUGAUACUGAUCAUCUCAUGGGCGCAGAUCUUGCAGAGUUUUGGCCAGAGGAGGGACUCCAAGUACAUACCGAAAUGUUUUAUCAGAGAUAUAUCUUGCAAAAACGAUUGAUUCAUCGUUAUUAUGGAUUUUAUAUUACGCAAGAAGCUGAAGAUUUCAUGGACCAAAAAUGCAAGGAAUUAAGAAUGCGCCACAUAUUAGAAUAUUUAAAACUGGAAAAUUGCCACCUAGUUCAGGCUCAAAAAGCAAUUGACCGUUUGCUAUCUCAAGUUGACCGCACAACAAAGAUUAUGUUAACCGAAGGCGUUUCGUUGUAUAAAAUAUGUCAAAUGAGCUACAGCAAGGGUUAUUCGUUGAUAAAAGGUAAACAAAAUUGGCGUUUGCCUGCGAUGGACGAUAUUUCGUGUAAGCACGUGAACAUCAUCGCAAAAAGACACUUGGCAAACGUUUUAAUUCGGCCUCAGUUGGAAUGGUUUGUAGCCGAUCUUUUUAUGACGGAUCACUGCAACUUAAACCUUCCGUAUCUUGCUUGCCUAAAAAUUGCCGAACACAUGAGCGACGAAGAUCUGUUCCGCUUAUGCCAGAAAACAAACAAAAAUCAAUUAAAAUCAAGGCCGAUCGAUCAAAGGAAGAGAUGUAGAAGUAGUGAGUCGGUCGCGUCUGCGAGCUCUGAACCACCGAUCCGUCGAUCGCGCAGAUUACGUGGCCUGCCAGCAAAUGAGGACAACUUUUGAAAAAGUGUAGGGGAUGAAAGUAAAUCUGUACCUUCGAGUUUCAGGAAAGAUUUCUAUAGUUGUAUCGAUUAACGCUCACAACUGUAUUACUUUCUUGUUCGUAAAGUUCAUCUUCUGGAAGUUUGCGGCAACCAGUGUCAAUAUUGCGACGUCGCGACUGUUGUUUAUUUAUACGUUGGGAGAAUUGGUUUAAAAAUGAUCAUCAGUAAUACUAUCAAUGAUCUCUACAAUGUUAUUUAAUUAUGUAAAACAAUGAUUAAAUUUAAAAUAAU